UCUCUCUCUCCUCUGUCUCUUUCUAUCUCUCUCGACCUCCCCCGCAUAGAUUCCUGCCUGCGCGUUCACGUCCCCUAAAUUGCGCGGCAGCAGCGUCAGCCUCACGCAGUUCGGUGGCGUUCAACAAUCGUUAUUUUUAGCGCCUGGUUCGUGUUGCAGGCAGCGUCGGGGUCGCCAGAGCCUUUCUUUCUUUUUUUUUUUCCUCUCUCCAUCUCCGUGCUUCAGUUUGAGCAAGGCUCACAGGGAGCACGAAAGGGGGCCAGGCAACGCAUCGAGGAGUUGCGGCGUAGAAAGCCGAACAGAAGGAUAACGGACUGACAGUGCGGGGAGGGGAGCACCACCACACACGUCUUAUCACGUAUCACUUAACACCGUGUCAUCACACAGACUCUCCGGUGCUCGUUAAAUGGCCAGUCCAGAGAUGGCUAGCCCAGAAGCGGGUCGAGAUAACGACUCGGAGCGGCUGGAGCCGAACCAUCCCGAACCAGCCUGCCAGGAGGCUCAGAAAUGGAUAGAGGCUGUAACAGGGAAGAGCUUUGGAGACAAGGACUUCCGCAGCGGAUUGGAGAACGGCAUCCUGUUAUGCGAGCUGCUGAGUGCAAUCAAACCAGGGCUGGUCAAGAAGAUCAACAGACUGCCCACCCCCAUCGCCGGGCUGGACAACCUGUCAGUCUUCCUGAGGGGCUGUGAGGAAUUGGGCCUGAAGGGCUCCCAGCUGUUUGACCCCGGAGACUUGCAAGACACUUCCAUACGAGCUAACCUCAAGGACUCCGACUGCAACCGCAAACUAAAAAACGUGCUGAACACAGUGUACUGGCUUGGGAAGGCUGCCAGCGGCUGCGCCUCCUACAGUGGCCCUACUCUCAACCUCAAGGAGUUUGAAGGGCUUCUCGCUCAGAUGAAGGUGGAGAGUGAGGAAGGAGGCGAGAGUCCGCAGAAACGCAGCGUUCGCGACAGCGGCUACGACUGCUGGGACUCUGAGAGGAGCGAAUCUCUCUCUCCACCACAGCACACUCGCGACAACUCCCUAGACAGUCUGGACUCGUUUGGCUCUCGCUCGCAGCACAGUCCUUCUCCUGACGUGGUGAAUCGAGGCAACAGUGAUGGGCGAGGCAGCGACUCGGAGGCUGAUGCUGCCGGCAGGAGGCCAGAUGUGAGGAAGGAUGACAUGUUGGCCAGACGGACUGCCAGCAACGAAGCAAGAAGCUCAAUUCCCUUUAACCAGUUUCUUCCCAAUCGAACCAACGCCAGCUCCUACAUCCCGACUCCACGGCGAAAACCGCAUACAGAGGAGGGAGAGCAGAGGAGUCACCUUCAAGCCACCCCAGAGCAGGGCAAAAGAACUGGACCGCAACACAAAACUCCCAAGACUGUCACUUGGGCACCUGAGAACAAUGAGGAAAAACCAAAACAGGAAGAGGAGAAGGUGACCCAGGAAGAGUUGGAGCAGAAGAAGCUGCAGAUGUUGGCGAAGGCAGGCAUCAAAGUUCUGCCUGCUGCCGUUCGCUACAGCAGCCCUCCCGCAAUGGAAGAACAGCAAGUGAGGUCACCGUCCCCGAACAUCAUCCUUCGCUGCGAGAACGACUUUUUGAGCUCUCAGAAAUCUGCGUGGGACUCCUCCUCCGAUGGGGAAGAGGAGGCAGAGAUGCGGAAAGUACCAGAUGUUCGUAGGGAUGACCUGGCAUCCAGACGAGCUCAUCGCGGCACCGUUGCUCCCAAAGUGCAUCAGUUUGUCCCUUCACCUGUAUGUAGCAACAAAGACAGAGAGCGCUGGGAAGGCAUUAGACGAGCCUCGCAGCAAACACUGCUGGAGAGGGAGAUCAGCGAUAAGGAAGCUGACAUCAUUACACGCAGAGACAACCCCUUCCUAAACUCUGCCCCUCGCCACGAGGAAGAGGAGGACGAGGAGGAAGAGGGAGAAGAGGGAAAGGUUAUAGCGAUGCCUAAUAAGCAGAAGGAUGACCUGGCUCAAAGGCGGGCUCAGAGUAGGCCCCUCCCUCACAGGGACGGACCAAUGAGAUUUGUUUCUGCCUCCAUGAGCCAGGCAGAUAUGCAGAAGUGGGAGAGACUCAAGAUGACUGAACCCAGUGAGGCUAGCCCGGCCCCUGUGUGUCAGGCUUGUCUGGAGAAAAAUUAUGGAAGUCCUUUCAGCAGAUCAGCAAAGGCUGGACGAAGUCACAGCAAAGUUGUGACCUUUGGGGGCGUGACAGAGAUCGAGCAGCCAAUAGACACAGUCAUGUCAAGUGAAGGGGAGGAGACGGAGUUGCUAAGACGACUCCGUUCCAAGGCAACUGUAGCCAUGCCUACCGUUGGCCUGGGCUCCCAGCUUUCAGAGCGGGAACGCAGCCAGGUAGAUGGAGCUGAUCUCAGUCAAACAACCUCUCACUCUGCUGACCUCGCACCCUGGUCACCUGAACCCCCGUCUACUCCUGCUGAGCUGGAUGCACAUCUGGCUCAGUAUGAACGGAGAACAGAGGAGGAGGAGGAUGAGGAUGAAGAGGAGAAGAUCCCAGACCUUCGGAAAGACGACAUGAUGGCGAGGAGGACAGGAGUUUUCCAUAAACAAAGCACCGCCACAGGGACUUACAACCGUUUCCUGCCUCUGCCCGCCUCCAAGCGCUGCACACAAGGGGAGGUGACCACUGAUGCUGCUCCGCGGAGCAAAAAGGGAGUACUCGCAGAAAGGAGCAAGAAACUGAACAUCAGGAGUUUCUCUCACAGAGCGGAGCAACAGCAACCCAGGGAUGCUAUGGAAACACCUCAACCACACCCUGACACGACUGUGGUCCGAGCAAUGUCUCACAGUGAACAGGAACAUAAUGAGGAUGAGUAUGAUGAAAACGAACCCUUGCCUGAUCCGGCAAAGGAUGAUAUGAUGGCUCGGAGGACCGGCUCAUUCCAAAAAACGAGCGCAGCCAGAAGUAAUCAGCCUAUCAACCAGUUCCUUCCAGUUCCUGGAUCAGUUAAAUAUAGCAUCGCCCCAGUGUCUGCAAUGAAACCACUGCACAACAGACCUAAACACACAGAGAAGAUGGCUAGUGAAAGCAGCAUUGUUACCGUGGCAGCAGAGCCUCAGGCCCCGCCCUCCAGAGCCCCAACAAUCUUUAGGAGUGGAGGGCUGAAGGAGAGGCAGGAGCAGGGAGACAUGGCAAUCCCUAACACCCCUGUCAUGGAUGUGAUUGAGCCCCUCUCUCCUCCAUCGCUCACCCCUCCACCCAGUCCUGCCACUGCCCAGACAUGUAAAGUGGAGGCAGAGUUGGAGAAGCAGAUAGUGGAGAAAAAAGUUGAGAAAGAGGUGGAGGUGGUGGAGGUGAAGGAGAAAAAGAGGGACGUGAAUGAGGAACCACGAAAGAAACCCUUCUGGCUGGAUGACAGUGAUCUACCUCCCAUGAUGAUGAGCCGGCGAGUUGCUUUUAUGUCUGAGGACACUGAAAGCGUGAGCAUGAGUGACAUGCUUAACGAGGAAGAGGUGGGGCACAUACCACCACAGAGCCAGUCACGGUAUGAGCGCAUGCAUGAACAGUACAACAGCUUACUGGAAGAUGAGGACCACUGGCAAAGCGAUUUGGCUCGCUGGAAGAAUCGUCGCCGCUGUGCGUCACAGGAUCUGAUCAAGAAGGAGGAGGAGAGGAAGAGGAUUGAGAAAAGGAUGAAGGAGGAGGGACGUGACAGCAGCAAGAGGAAAAGCAUCAAAACCUACAAGGAGAUCUUGGAGGAAAAGGAGCGCAGAGAGGCAGAGUUGUGUGACGCCUACAGGAAUGCAGCGACUCCAGAGGAGGCCGCCAUGGUGUUGCAGCGUUACGCUCUCCGCUUUACCAUCAGUGACGCAACACUGGACAGCCUUAAACUGCCCAGAUCCACUUCACAACCAAAACCGGAUGCAAAUCAAGAGGAAAUGGAGCACAAAAUUACAUCACCUGCUAGUGACUCUGAAACAUCAGAACCUCUGCACAAACCAGAACCAGCUGUAUCGGACCAGAUGCCCACAAAACCCAAAGCAAUGGAGACAGAUAUUGAUCAACAGGAGUUGUCAGUUUCUGUCUCCUCCAGCUCCCUGACACCCAUCAGUCCUCUGACCCCGGUCACAAACUCAGAAAAUGUUGUGCCACCUCAGUUGCUACAACUUGAUCCUGAACCUCAACCUAAACCGACAGAGUCUCCAACUACGCAUCAACAGCAACCGACUACAGAGGAUGCAAAGCCUCAAAUCAAACACACUCCACCUCAGAUUGCACAAGUGCAGCCUCACACCACACCGCCUGUACACACACUCCCCUCACCUCCAUCUGUAUCACCCAGGCCCGUCCCCCUGCUGGCAGCCAAGCCUUACUGUCAGCCCAGGAGCACACAGGCUGGACACAAACCUGUCAAGAUGGACGGGUUGGUGCGAGUGAAUGGAGAGGCGACAGAGGAUUUAUCUGUCUCCACUCCACCUACCUCUGCUCAGCUCUCGCCACAGGACGUCAAAAACGCUCCCUCCAAACAGACGGAGGAGAAAGAUGUUCCCUCCGAGCAGACUGCGACCAAUCAGGAGGCUGCGGAGCAGACGCCGGCACCACAGACAGAGAAAUCUACCACACCUUCAGGCUCCACCAUGAGUGCCCUGAUUGGAGGCAGAAACUGUAUCAUCACGACGACUAUUGUCACAGAGCUCACACAGACUCUUGUGGAGCCAUAUCACCCGGAUAUCCAAAGUAAUGGACAGGUCAAUGGCACUGUGGCGUUAUCUGAGAAACCAGCCGAGGAGAAAAAGGCUCAGCCGGCUACAUCACCAAACAGCAUGCAAGAAUAUUCUCCCACUGUCACAGAGGGACUCGAGGAAAGCAGUGUGACUAUUGAGACCCCCAUGUUGAACUUGGCUAAACGUGUUAAUCACUGGGUCUGGGACCCCAAUGAGGAGCGUAAACGCCUGGAAAGUUGGCAACAGGAGCAGGAGCGCCUCCUACAGGAGCAAUACCAGAGAGAACAGGAGAAGCUGAAGAAGGAGUGGGAGAAAGCACAGCUAGAGGUGGAGGAGGAGGAGCGGAAACACAAUGAGGAGGAGAGACGUAUUUUAGAGGAGACCGUAACCCCGCUCAAUCCCACCGGACUUUUAAACCAGCAGACAGGAACGACUUCUUCAGCUCCAGAAAACAACGAGACAAAAGGAGGAAACCUUCCUCUGCUGCAAAACGGCCAAAGAAUCUCCACAGGGAACGAAGAUCAGCAUGCAUCGAAGCUGCAUUUCUUCCAGGAUUCUGCAUGUGAUGGUGACGCUUCAAAGAAACAAGAACUGUGGAAGACGGCCUCUCUGGACCGCAACACUCAGCUAAACCAGGCACAUGCUGUUAAAAGGUCUGAAUCACAUGAUGCUGUAACAAACAAACAGCCUUCAUCACCUCAGCCUCCCUCACCCAGCAGGUGUGUUAGUGGGAAGAGACUCUGCUCUGGUUGUUCUCAGCCGCUGGGGAAAGGAGCUGCCAUGAUCAUCGAUACACUGGGACUGUUUUUCCACAUGCAGUGUUUCAAGUGUGGAGUGUGCAACGGGCAGCUGGGUGAUGCCACCGCAGGGACUGACGUACGGAUUCGUAAUGGACUGCUGAGCUGUCACGAGUGCUAUAUUGCAUCUCGGGGCAAAGGUCAGCCCACCACGUUAUGAUGACCUCCAUUUAAACUGGAACCUCGCCGUCAUCGUCAGUGAUCGGGCGGAGGAGAAUUCUGCAAAAUAAACUCCUGGAAUCAUUGUAUUUUCCUGAAAUGCACAAACAGCUUUAUGGAUGUUACCCAGGAGCGAAACUAGACUGACACGUGGACUGAACACAACAUAGUUACAUAUACAGCACAGCGUUUGUGCUUCCUAACUGUACACAUGUAUACACUUUGUUUAAUACGUGUAGCAUGGAUUUAAUCAAGAAAUCAGCGUGUUUAAGCCUUUGCACAUCCAUACUUAGCACAGUCAAGACACUAAAAUAAGGAUCUGUUAUGUCACAAAGCUUAACAUGUAAUGCUACAAGUCUCAAACUCUCGACUCAUUAACCCCUGCUUCUGCACUGGUCAUGUGACUCCACUUGCUCUGAGUGUGACCGUACAGUGGUUUGGGUUGGAUUGACCUGAAAGUAGCUUGACCAUUAUAAUGCCUUACUCAUCAUUAUCAUCAUCGUCAUACUCUGUCGUUCAUUUUUGGGUUUUGUGUUUACAGUUUUUGCAUGAAAGAAGAACAUAUAUAAGUUAUUGUGAGUAUUGCUCAGAUGGAGUAGUGUGAGUUUGUUAAUCUUCUCAAACAGCUGAACUUUAACUUUCCUCUCUUUUCUUGUACAUCAUGUUUUUGAAUAUUUUUGGGGGCAUCUCGCUAACUUACAAGCUUUUUUUUUUUUUCUUUACGAUUCAUUUUACAGGAAUGAGAAUGCAUGUUAUUAAUUAUACUUGUUCUUUGGAGUUUAAAUAUUUUCCCUUUAAGAUGUUUUAGCCAUUGUUUAUUCUCGUCGACUGACUGCAUCCGAAUCAGUGCCUUAUGUAACGAAUGCGAGGGCUAGUGUAUGUGCAGGAGUAUUUCACACUCACAUGGACCUCAGGGUCUCGGCACAUUGUGUGUGUGUGAGCGUGUGAGUGCAUGUGUGUAUUAAAUCAUGCAUGUAUAAGUAUGUAUGUUAUGUGUGAUUUGACUUUGAAGCACAGUUCCAUACCAGCAAAAACAUUUUAAAUGGAUCAGCCUCUCCUUUUCACCUGCUGUUCUCCUCCCUCCCCCAUGAGCUAAACCAAUGACACAAAGUGAUUCGCUGCUUUCCUGUUAAUUUUUCCUCCAUGUUAUGACAGCACACACAGUCAUCCAGUCUAUCUUCCUCUGCCUCUAUCACAACUGUUGCCUCCCCAGAGCCUGAGCUGAAUGUCUCUCCUCUGUAUGUCAUUGCCUCUAUCUGAACACCUGACGGCGGCUUCAUCAUUUAGAGGAAUAGAGCGCUCAGUUCAUUGUCUUUUAUAGCAAGUGUAUGUUUAUCAAUAAAAUAUUUUAAAAGGGA